AUGCGGGCGGGGGGCUGGGACCCGCGGCGCCUGUGCUUGGUGCUGGGGCUCUGGAGCGCCGCCACCCUCUGGCUGCCGGCCCGAGGCUGCCCGGGCAAGUGUACCUGCUCCGGACCCAACGUGGACUGCCACGGGCUGGGCUUCAGGACGGCGCCGCGGGGCAUCCCCCGGAACGCCGAGCGACUAGACUUAGACAGAAACAACAUUACAAGGAUUACAAAGGUGGAUUUUGCUGGGCUUAAGAAUCUUCGUGUUUUGCAUUUGGAAGAAAAUCAAGUUAGCGUGAUAGAACGUGGAGCAUUUCAAGAUCUAAAGCAACUUGAACGGCUGCGUCUGAACAGAAAUAAACUUCAAGUUCUUCCAGAGCUCCUUUUCCAGAAUACACUGAAGCUAACCAGACUGGAUUUAAGUGAAAAUCAGAUUCAAGGUAUCCCAAGGAAGGCUUUUCGUGGAAUUACUGAUGUGAAAAAUCUGCAACUGGACAACAAUCAGAUCAGCUGCAUUGAAGAUGGAGCCUUUCGAGCCCUGCGUGACUUGGAGAUUCUUACUCUCAACAACAACAACAUUACUCGCAUCCCUCUGACCAGCUUCAACCAUAUGCCAAAGAUCAGGACCUUACGGCUUCAUUCCAAUUACUUAUACUGUGACUGCCAUCUGGCUUGGCUUUCUGAUUGGCUGCGUCAGAGGCGAUCAGUUGGACAGUUCACAUUCUGCAUGGCACCUGUUCACCUGAGGGGAUUUAAUGUUGCUGAUGUUCAGAAAAAAGACUACGUCUGCACAGGUUCACACACAGAACCUCCUUCCUGCAAUGCCAAUGCUAUCAGUUGCCCAUCUACUUGUACUUGCAGCAACAAUAUUGUGGACUGUCGAGGAAAGGGCUUAACUGAAAUUCCAGCAAACCUUCCAGAGAAUAUUGUGGAAAUCCGCUUGGAACAGAACUCUAUCAGAAACAUCCCCCCUGGGGCUUUCUCUCAGUAUAAGAAACUUAAAAGAAUUGAUAUCAGCAAGAAUCAAAUAUCGGAUAUUGCAUCAGAUGCUUUUCAGGGCCUGAAAUCUCUCACCUCGCUAGUGCUCUAUGGAAAUAAAAUUACAGAGAUUCCCAAGGGCCUUUUUGAUGGGCUUGUGUCUCUGCAGUUGUUACUGCUGAAUGCCAACAAGAUCAACUGCCUAAGAGUAAACACAUUUCAAGAUCUUCAUAAUCUCAAUUUGCUAUCUCUGUAUGACAAUAAACUACAGACCAUCAGCAAAGGACUUUUUGUGCCUCUCCAGUCAAUUCAAACCCUGCAUUUAGCUCAGAAUCCAUUUGUGUGCGACUGCCAUUUGAAGUGGCUGGCUGAUUACCUGCAGGAUAAUCCAAUAGAAACCAGCGGCGCUCGAUGCAGCAGUCCACGUCGCCUUGCCAACAAACGAAUCAGCCAGAUCAAGAGCAAGAAGUUCCGUUGCUCAGGUUCGGAGGACUACAGGAGUAAGUUCAGUGGGGAGUGCUUCAUGGAUCUUGUCUGCCCUGAAAGGUGCCGCUGUGAAGGAACAAUUGUUGAUUGUUCCAACCAAAAACUCACCCGACUUCCCAGUCAUCUCCCAGAAUAUACCACAGAUCUGCGUUUACAUGACAAUGACAUUUCUGUUCUUGAAGCUACUGGAAUAUUCAAGAAGCUCCCCAGUUUACGGAAGAUAAACCUGAGUAACAACAAGAUCAAAGAGAUUCGAGAAGGCACUUUCGAUGGGGCAGCAGGGGUGCAGGAACUGAUGUUGACGGGGAAUCAGCUGGAAUCGGUGAAUGGGCGAAUGUUUAGAGGCCUCACAGGACUUAAGACUCUGAUGCUCAGGAGCAAUGUGAUCAGUUGUGUCAACAAUGAUACGUUCACAGGAUUGAGCUCAGUAAGAUUACUUUCUCUGUAUGACAAUCGCAUCAGUACUAUCACACCUGGAGCCUUCAAUACACUUGUUUCUUUAUCUACAAUUAAUUUGCUGUCUAAUCCAUUUAACUGUAACUGCCACUUGGCAUGGUUGGGGAAAUGGCUAAGGAAGAGAAGGAUUGUCAGUGGAAAUCCACGUUGCCAGAAACCGUUUUUCUUGAAGGAGAUUCCAAUUCAGGAUGUGGCUACCCAAGACUUCACGUGUGAUGGUAAUGUUGAGAGCAGCUGUCACUUGUCCCCCCGUUGUCCGGACCAGUGUACCUGUGUGGAUUCGGUGGUUCGCUGCAGUAACAAGGGGCUGCGAUUCCUGCCUAAAGGUGUCCCUAAAGAUGUGACUGAACUAUAUCUGGAAGGAAAUCAUUUGUCUGCUGUGCCAAAGGACCUGUCCAUGUUCAGACAUUUGACACUUAUUGACUUGAGCAACAACAGUAUCAGCAUGUUGACCAAUUACACCUUCAGUAAUAUGACACAUCUCUCAACACUGAUCCUGAGCUACAACAAGCUACGGUGUAUCCCAGUCCAUGCUUUCAAUGGGCUCAAGUCUCUCAGAGUGCUGACUCUUCAUGGCAAUGAUAUCUCCAGUGUCCCCGAAGGGUCCUUUAAUGAUCUUGUGUCACUUUCCCAUCUGGCGCUUGGUACCAACCCCUUGCAUUGUGACUGCAGCCUGCGCUGGCUUUCAGAAUGGGUAAAGGCAGGCUACAAAGAGCCAGGGAUUGCACGGUGCAGCAGUCCAGAUGAUAUGGCAGACAGGCUGUUGCUCACAACACCGACUCACCGUUUCCAGUGCAAAGGGGCCGUUGAUAUCAAUAUCAUGUCCAAGUGUAACCCUUGCCUAUCCAAUCCAUGUAAAAACAAUGGGACUUGCAAUAAUGAUCUAGUGGAUUUUUACAGAUGUACUUGCCCGUUUGGCUACAAGGGUCGAGACUGUAGCACACCCAUUAAUGCCUGCAUUCAGAAUCCAUGCCAGAAUGGAGGGACAUGUCAUCUCACAGAUACAAAUCAAGAAGGAUUCAGCUGUUCCUGCCCUAUCGGGUUUGAAGGGGAGAAAUGUGAAAUUAAUCCAGAUGAUUGUGAAGAUAACGAUUGUGAGAACAACUCGACUUGUGUAGAUGGGACCAACAACUAUGCCUGCCUUUGUCUCCCCAACUAUACAGGAGAGCUGUGUGAUGAAGUGAUCAAUCAGUGUGUUCCUGAACUAAACCCUUGCAAACAUGACUCCAAAUGUAUCUCUGUUGAUAAAGGAUACAGAUGUGAGUGCUUACCUGGCUAUAGUGGCAAACAUUGUGAAACUGAUGAUGAUGACUGUGUGGGACACAAAUGUCGACAUGGCGCAUUGUGUGUGGAUGCUGUCAAUGGAUAUACCUGUAUUUGCCCUCAAGGGUUCAGUGGACUAUUCUGUGAAAAUCCUCCACCGAUGGUUCUGCUCCAGACCAGUCCCUGUGACCACUAUGAGUGCCAAAAUGGAGCCCAGUGCAUUGUAGUACAGCAGGAACCAGUCUGUCGUUGCCUGGCUGGCUUUGCUGGCCAGAAGUGUGAGAAACUCAUCACUGUCAAUUUCGUUGGGAAGGACUCCUAUGUUGAAUUGCCACCAGCUAAAAUGCGCCCUCAACCAAACAUCUCCCUCCAGGUAGCAACAGAUAAAGAUAAUGGCAUUUUAUUAUACAAAGGAGACAACGAUCCUCUGGCUUUAGAGUUGUAUCAAGGUCAUGUGAGGCUUAUCUACGACACACUGACUUCUUCACCCACAACUAUAUACAGUGUGGAAACAGUAAAUGAUGGGCAGUUUCACAGUGUGGAGCUGGUAAUGUUGAACCAGACUUUGAACUUGGUUGUAGAUAAAGGUGCUCCCAAGAGCCUUGGCAAACUGCAGAAGCAGCCCGUGGUUGGUCACGACACACCUUUGUACAUUGGAGGUAUCCCUACAUCCACAGGCCUGUCUUCAUUGCGGCAGGGUACAGAGAGGACACCGAGUGGCUUUCAUGGUUGCAUACAUGAUGUCCGCAUUAAUAAUGAGCUGCAGGAUUUCAAGGAUCUGCCACAUCAGUCAGUAGGGGUCCUUCCUGGCUGCAAAUCUUGUAACAUCUGUAAGCACGGCAUCUGCCGCUCUAUUGAGAAAACAAGUGUUGUGUGCGAGUGCCACCCAGGCUGGACAGGCUCCCUUUGUGACCACGAAGUUAAAGAUCCCUGCCUCAAUAACAAGUGCCUCCAUGGUAAAUGCACAGCCACCAAUUCUGCUUACACAUGUAAGUGCAUAGAAGGUUUCACAGGCAUGUACUGCGACCGGAAGAAUGAUUCCUCCAACCCCUGCAGACUUCUGAAAUGCAGCCAUGGGCAGUGUAAAAUCUCGGCACAUGGGGAGCCCUACUGUGAGUGUGAUCCAAAUUACAGUGGCGAGCGCUGUGAUCGAGAGAACCAGUGCCAAGGAGAGAUUGUUCGCGAAUUGAUUCGGAAGCAGCAAAAUUCCAUCUCGUGUGUCUCUACUGUCAAGGUACAGCGCAUGGAAUGUCAUGGCAGCUGUGGGAGUGAUCAGUGCUGCGUUCCCAUCCGGAGCAAAAGGCGGAAAUAUCUCUUCCAGUGUCUGGAUGGCUCCUCCUUCACAGAAGAGCUGGAGAGGCACGUGGAAUGUGGCUGUGGAAAGUGUUUAUAAACAGCUGGUCGGCCUCUUUGCCCCUUGUAUCGACUCAGAUGUGCUAUCGAAAGUGGGACCUAUUUACUUUUAAGUGAAGAAGAGAAUAUUAAGUAUAUUGUAAAAUACGCAAAAAAUAGAAGUUAUUUUUAUUAUGAAAAGUGACUAUUUUCAUCUUUUAUUAUAUAAAGUAUCUGACUGUUUUGGGUAUAUGUAUCAUACAGUGAGUUAUUUUUACUAUGGAAUUUUUUUUUUACAGUUGUAAAAAAGAAAUUUGGAAAAAUUAUUCCAAAUCUAAACACAGGGAUUAAAAAAAAAAAACAGAGUAUAGUUGAUAAGCUUUGCACGAUAACCAGAUGUGAAGGUAAUUCAAAAGGAUUUGCCACCAAAAUAGUAGAAUAUGUCUUUUAAAAUUCUGGAUAGAUGCACAUAAGAGAUCUACAGCUCUCAGAAAUUUUCCCUGUCUGAGUGUGCUCAGUUAAUCUCUCUUUCAGUUGAUGAUGACAUAAUUGCUAGUUGUGUUUGUCAGUGUUGUGGGUCAGCUUGACACUAUUGCUGAAAAAGCACAUCAUGACACUGCAGUAGCUUGGGCCUUAUGCA